CUCGGGACGCACCCUGUGCUCUGGAUCGCCUCAAACUUUGCACUGCGAACAAAACGGGACUGCUGCGAGAGCACGACUGCUGCAACGCACAUGCACAUUAGCGCAGGGUCCCUGUCAGAAGCCGGCGGGAAACACGAAUCGUUGCCGUUGGAUCUUGUUUUGUUUUGUUUCGUUUCGUUCUGGCCCCUCGGUACCCUUUCGGCCAUCCCCUUUUUCUCCCUUCUGAUCGCUACCGCCGUCGGCCUUGGGCCGGAAACUGGCCAUGCUUGGAAAUGGGAUCGUCCCUGACACGGCCUCGAGCCACGGUGCCGCGUCGCCUCACCGCCCCAAACAUCAGAUUAAUAGGUCCAUAUCGGACCUGUCGUCGCCCACCCGCUUCCACCACCAUCACCACUCGUCGCACCACCACUCACACCACCACGCCCACCGCCAACAGGCCAGCAUCAGCAAACGCGACGACAACAGCGCCGCGCCGAGCCUCCCACCGCCCCGACCCUCGGUCGACGUGGCAAUCUCGCGCUCCGAAGGUGUCACACCGAACAUAACCCCGAUUCCUAGCCGCCGACCGAGCAUCCUGGCCGCCUCCGGUUCCGACGAUGCGCCCUCGCGGCCACCUCCGCCGGUACCUUCUGCUGCCCUUGAGCGAAGACCAGGCAAGGACGAGGACUUGGUCAUUGCCAGGGAAAAAGCACAAGCAAUAGCUGCAGGCCUUCAGACUGCAGUGGCGGACUUAAACACGACAUCGACAUCGACGGCUCGGCGGCUCGACGAUGCCUACACAUCGGUGAUGGACAAGCUAGGGACGCUGAGCAGCACGGCGGCGGCGCUGGAAGAGCUGCGGGACGCCUGGCGGGAUGCCGCGGACGGGUUCUCGCGCGAGACAGACGAGCUGGUGGCCGACGUCAGCGGCCAGAUCGACGGGCUGGGCACCUUUGACUCGCAGCGAAGACGGAUAGAGUCGCUCCAGAGCCGCAUCCACGACGGCCGCGAGCGCAUCCAGCAGCUCAGCGGGCGCGUCGACGCGGUGCACGACCGGAUCGAAGGGUGGGAGCGCGCCGACCGCGAGUGGCAGGAGCGCACGCGCCGGCGCCUCAAGACGAUCUGGGUCGUCACGUCAGUGCUCGUUCUCGUCCUGUUGGUGUUCCUGCUUGUCGUUGCCGGACACGACGUGCCGCGGCAGCAGCCACACAUGGUUGGCAAGGGCGAGCCCGUGGCGUCGGCAACGGAGCCAUCAGACUGGGUGCGGUCUGCCGUCGUGAGCGGGCACAUCCCGGCGCCGAGGGGAGCCGAAGGCGGGGGGCCUGCCGAGGCCGGGGAGCACGGUGAGGACUCAGCACCCGCCGCGAGGUUGUUCAAAUCGCUCAACCAAAACGGGAGGGAUUCACGUGUGGAUGCGGACAAACAGCUGCGUGUGUUUGACGAGCUAUAGACGAGCCGCUGUCGCCUGGUUAGUUUUGAUUGGCGAUCUUGUUCCUUCUGGACCGCAUUGCGUUCUGUGUUGCCUGCCGGCUUAUACUGGCAAAUACGAUACCCCAAUGUUUAUCUGUUGCGACGGAAUUCCAAGCGGGUGUGAAGAUGCUGGGAACGGGUACAGACUCGUUCUCACGUUCUGGAGUUUGAUCUGCCAAUGUGGAUUGACGCCGUUUCUCCUUGUCACCAACUACUAGGUCUGAAUAUGAACCAUCUUCCCGCCGGCCUACGUAGUAGGUAUUCACUGUAGCAGAAUAAUGUCCUGUAUCAAGUGUUUUCAAUGCUGA